AUGGCCCAAAUCAAAAACAUUCUUCAUUCGAAUUUUCGAGUUAAGGAUUUAGGAGCAUUGAAAUACUUUCUGGGUUUAGAAAUAAAUCACUCUGCUGAUGGCAUAUAUGUAUCACAAUGUAAAUACUGUCUUGAGUUGCUUGCUGAUUUUGGAAUGAUGGGUUGCAAACCUUGUUCAACACCUAUGGACAGUUCAUUGCGACUGCAUCAAGAUGACUCUAGUGAUCUUCUUGAUGAUCCUUUAUCCUAUAGGCAUCUUGUUGGUCGUCUAGUUUACCUCACCACAACCCGUCCUAACAUUGUUUUUGCAACCCAAUAA